ACAAAAGUAUUAAAGAAACACUUAAAAACAGAAGAAAGAAAAAAAACAAAAGAAGAAGAAAUGGGUUUAAAAAUGAAAGAGAGAUCAAGAAAAGGAGGUUUUGUUGUGAUAUUGAUUCUAGUCUUUUGUUGCUUCUUCGAGAAUAUGGCCGGGAUCUCGAUCGCGGUUUCACCUUAUGAACCAGUUACAAGUUAUAUUUCGGGAAGGUUCUUUGUUCUCCACAACAAAUAUGAGAUGCUGAAAUCGUUGCCAUCUUAUAAUGAGUACCACAUAAGACUCAACCUAGCGACAGUUCAAGUUUGGCAAACGAUAAGAAGCAGGUGUAGAGAUGGUUUCAUCACUUUGAGCAUCAAAUCAGUGCAUUUUUUCAUCUCAAAGCUUAUGCAAUAUAGAUAUUCAAUAUCACUUGUAACUCCAGUCUAUCACUCUUGGACGUCUCGAAUUAUUUUCUGGGUUACAUUAACACGAUCAGUCUCGUCAAUGACUAAUGACACAGCUUUAUGAUUUUUUUUAAUCUUCACACAAGGUGUGGUUGUUUUAUAUGUACGCAAACAUGUAAGUGACAUUUGGAUAUAUAAAGAUAUA